CUCACAGAAUUUCAUAUCUUUUCAGGGGUGAACUCACUGUUUCUGUACCUUCUGUGUCAUGCAGCACAUAAGCAAUGAGUUGGAUACUGGUUCUUCUGACUGCUGUGUUGGACCUUGGUUGACACCUCUGGUAUCAAAGGAUUUUUCUGACAUUCAAAUGUAUAAAUAUCAUUCACUCAAAUCUUCAUUUAAGCAGCUUUACGUUUUUCAUUGUCAUUGUGCUCACUAUAAAAGACUCAGCAGAUGAGGACUGGCUCACUAGUGAUGCAUGAAGGUCCACUGCCUGUUCAGCAGCAGCCUAACAGGCACAUUCACCCCCAGGCUGUCGGGGUCGCUUUGGGUGAUCUGCAAGGUCAAGUUCCCCUCCUGACUCAAAGCUCCAACAGCAAACUGAGAACCAUGUCUGAACCUGUUCCUCUGCUCUGUCAUGCUCAAAUACUGAAGGAGCUGAAGAUGGACAUCAGCUCCCCCUGUAAUACAGUUAAGCUCGACUUAAACAGUUCAGAAGUGGCUCCUGGAACAGGUCUGGACAUGGAGGUGUCCGACCUCGGUUAUCAGGUGGAGGCGGAGUUUUUGAAACAUGGUGGAGCCAUAUCGCCUCAGCAGCAAGAAGGGAGUCCGAUAGAGACCUCCUUAUCUGAUGAGUUUCUUCCUGCCUUUUCACCAGCCCUGGAUAAAAGUAGUUGUAACCAUCUGCCAGCAUAUGUGAAUGCACCAGAGGACAGUUCAUUGGAUCUGCUAAGAAUAGUAAAGCACAAGCCAAGUGCCAUUGUGUUCUGUGAUUAUGAUUUUAGCUCUGACAACCAGGUGAUCAUUGCCAAUGAGAGCUCCGAUGGCGGGGAAUCCUCCUCGUCGACCACUGAAGAGGGAGAGGGUGACGAUGAUGGUGAUGAGAAGGAUGAUUUUCCCGAGACGUUAAAAUAUAAGGAAUUCCUGGUCAGCCGUCGGCGUAGAAACUUGAGCAGGAACAGGAAGCACUUGAGGAUGAGAAAGGAUGCCCAGCCUAAUAGCUCUGCAUCUAUCUGGCAAAAGGCCACCGAUGAGGGCAAACCUGAGUUCACAGGUAGCCAGGAGGAAGAGGAUACACUGCAGAACAAUGGAAAACAGGCUGCUGCAUGUGACUCCAUGACCCUUCUGAUGAAAAAGUUGGAUCACCUCAAUGAGGGGAUCCAGGAAGUCCAAAGCACUAAUCUCUCUCACUCGGACAUGGCCAGUGUUGACGAGGAUCAGAGUACCACGGGUACCCCGGCUGUGGGCAGAAUGGCGUGCCGAGCCCCGAGUCAGGAUCAGGGAACCGCCAGAGCUUCAGAAAAACCUGAGCCGCUGACCAGGCGCCCCUCACGACCUUUGACCCGCAGCAGACCUCUGACUCGCUCGUCCCUCUCGUCCCCUACACAUUUCCAUGCUCGACAGGCCAGGGCUGCUGCAAGGAUGACCAGUGGAUCAGCAGAGAUUGAGGCCAAGGAGGCUUGUGAUUGGCUUAGAGCAGCAGGAUUUCCACAGUACGCCCAGCUCUAUGAAGAUUCCCUGUUUCCAAUUGAUAUUUCCUCAGUGAAAAGGGACCACGACUUUUUGGACCGGGAUCUGGUGGAGCCUCUAUGUCGACGUCUAAAUACUCUGAACAAGUGUGCCUCCAUGAAACUGGAUGUCAGCCACCCCAAGAAGAAAGGUGAUGACUCUGAUGAAGAUGACCCGCUGGCUAUCAGUAAAAGGUGGACAUUCGAGUGGAGCAGCCGACGUUGGUCUCGCCUACAAGACUUCCUAUUGGACGGCACCAAUGAAAGCAGCCCGACAGGUCAGGGCGGGGUUCUGCACAGCACAGUGAGCAGUGAGAGUGUGCUGACUGAUCUAAGCGAGCAGGAGAUCACAGAAGUCUCCUCUUUGCACAGUGAGGACUCGGCCUCCGCCAUGCCUGACUCUAUAUCUAUGGCAUCUCUCUCCGCUUCCUACCAAUCACCCAGGGAACUCCCACACUACAACUCCCUGCCAAUCAAGAGCAGCUGCCAUGGGCAAGGAGGGCGGAGUAAAGCCAAAGAGUUCUUGCGUCGCAUGGAAUUAAUGCGCACUUGGGGGCCCUCGACGAGGCGGAAAAGCUCAAAUCGCAGGCCAGCGCUGGUAAUAAGUGGGCCAGUGUUACAGGGGGAGGAGCCUCACGCUCUGCAGAUGCUCCAGUGUACUCCCAUUAGCCAAUUAGAACACAGCCCUAAACACAACCACCAAACUGAUGGUGACACUUCCCGUGUUUCCAUUAUAAAUAAUAAUAAAGACCAAUCCACGGUGAGUAUGAGUCCCAGCAGUGAAACAGUAGUGCCCAGAGUGAAGGAGCCCGUGUGUACAAAACCCCGCAUUGCUAGCAAGAGAAGCAGCAUGUAUCUGGAAGAUAUGGAGCUGCCUUCUCAGGGUAAGAGGACUGAAGGGCAAAGCCAGUUUGGCAGAAACCAGUUUCACUCGUAUGAAAACCUCCUUGUUCAUAUCCCCAAAGACCAUAAACCAGGCACCUUUCCAAAAGCUCUAUCCAUAGAGAGCCUGGCACCUUCCCCCGGUGACAGGAACAAUGGCCCCCAAACAGGGGCCCAAACUUCUCCACCCAACAAUGGCCUAGGUGAGCCUUGGUCUGGUAAACCUCUGUCCAAGCCCCCCUGUCCUGGAGCACCUCGAGGGAGCAGGGUGAGUGUUUAUGACAACGUGCCUGGCUCCCACCUUUACGCCAGCACAGGAGACCUGCUGGACUUAGAGAAAGAAGACAAUCUGUUCCCUCACCUAGAUGACAUCAUCCAGCACGUCAGCGGUUUGCAGCAAAUAGUGGACCACUGGAGCCGCAGUGUGCUGCCCGAGACUGAAACAGGGGAGGUGGAGGAGGAGAGGGAGGGUAGGACUACACCCAGUGAAGGCGAGAGAGAUGGAGUCUCCUUAAACGACACUGAUUCAACAGGGACCAGUCGGGAGAGGCGGGACUCUGGCGUUGGGGCCUCACUGACAAGACCACGUCUUCGGUGGCCCAGUUUCCGAACUUCUGAUCAUCUCAACCAGCCGGCAUCUUCACUGCAGAUCGGGAGCCAAUCAGCGGGCCAGCUCAGCCUGCUGCAGAAGUUCUCUUUGCUUCGCCUCACCGCCAUCAUGGAGAAAUACUCAAUGUCCAAUAAACAUGGCUGGACAUGGUCUGUGCCCAAGUUUAUGAAGCGCAUGAAGGUGCCAGACUACAAAGAGAAGAGUGUGUUUGGUGUUCCCCUCAUCAUCCAUGUCCAGCGCUGUGGUUUUCCGCUCCCUCUGUGUUUACAGCAGGCCCUCAGCCACCUCCGAACACACUGUCUGGACCAGGUGGGAUUGUUCCGCAAGUCCGGCGUGAAGUCUCGUAUUCAGGCUCUGAGGCAGCAGUGUGAGCUGUCCCCUGACUCUGUAAACUACGAGGACCAGUCAGCUUACGACGUGGCCGACAUGGUCAAACAGUUCUUCAGAGACUUGCCAGAGCCUCUGCUAACAAGCAAGCUGGGGGAAACCUUCCUGCAUAUUUACCAGUAUGUCCCAAAGGAGCAGAGGUUGCAGGCCGUCAGGGCGGCCAUUUUGUUGAUGCCAGAUGAAAACAGGGAGGUUCUGCAGACAUUGCUCUACUUCCUACGCGAUGUCACUUCCUUGGUGGAGGAGAACCAGAUGACGCCAAUGAACCUGGCUGUUUGUCUGGGGCCUUCGCUCUUCCAUCUCAGCAUACUGAAGAACGAGACGCUGUCGCCAAGGUCAAUCCAAAGAAAGUACACUACGGGCCGCCCCGAUCAGAAAGACCUGAGUGAGAACCUGGCCGCCACCCAGGGCCUGGCACACAUGAUCACUGAGUGCCAGCAUCUCUUUCAGAUCCCAGAGGAGAUGGUGACCCAGUCUCGCAACUCCUACAUGGAGGCUGAGCUGAUGGUGCCCCCGCUGGACGAACUGUGCAAGGCUCACGAGGAAGUGGAUGAGGACGAGGAAGUGGAUGAGGACGAAGAAGGAUCCUAUCAUGCACACCUAGAAAGGCUGAUCCAGAGCCUGCUGGAAGAGGCCAAAGAUAAGAGCAAAGGCUGGGUGUCUCGCUCAACUGCUGACCAUACAGAACUGGCAUUUAAAAAGGUGGGAGAUGGUAACCCUCUAAGGCGGUGGCGAGUGUGUGUUGAGGUAUCAGCAACUCCCAGUGAGGUGCUGCAGCGGCUGCUGAGAGAGCGCCCUCUGUGGCAGACUGAGCUACAGCAGGAGAAGGUUCUGGAGACGCUGGAUAAACAGACAGACGUGUACCAGUACUCCUGCCGCAACAUGGCACCUCAACCCAGCUGCGACUUUGUGGUACUAAGAUCAUGGCGUACAGACCUGUGUAAAGGCUCCUGUGCGCUCGUGUGUGUGUCUGUCGAACAUGACGACAGCCCACGCAUAGGAUCAGUGAGGGGGGUGGUGCUGGAGUCACAGUACCUCCUCGAGCCCUGUGGGACCGGGAGGACCAGGCUCACACAUAUCUCCAGAGUGGACCUCAGGGGAAGAUCUCAAGAAUGGUACAACAAGGCAUUUGGUCACCUGUGUGUUAAUGAAGCCCAGAUGAUCCGCUCCUCUUUUCAGUCACUAGAUCAGACGAGCACUGAGGCAAAGAUCUGAAACCCAGAAAUCAAGUUUUGGGUCACACUGCCAGAGCAGUUUUACCUGAGAACCAGUGACCCAGACCACAAUCAGUGACCCAGGAGGGGAAUCAUCCAGGCAGUGGACUUUGAUGUCUUUUCACGCUGCUGAGCCACACUGAGCUUUACUGUACCAUACUGAGUUACAGACAGUCACACACAGAGGAGGGGAGAGUGUCUUAUGUCAUGUAUUCCAGUAAUUCUUCAAUACUUAUUUAUCUCAUAAAUGAUGAUUUUCAAAGCCCAUUUUUGCACCACGGAACAAAUGUUGCUUUCCAGUUCCAAACAUAAAAUAACUUUCUUUGAGCCAUCAAUGUUUCAUAUACUUGUCUCGUAACGAUGUGCAUUAUUAGAACAAUGAGGUUGCAUAGACAUAGAGUAUUUUCUGUAUUUAUUCUUCCAAAUUCUCAUCUACUAAUCCAAAAUAUUGCAAACAAGAUGACCUAAUAAGACAGCCAGCACCAGCAUGUGUAAUCAUGAUAUGAUUUCCAUAGUGUUAAGGUUAAUGUUUAAUCUGCAACACCGUAAUUUGAUAUCACUUUUAAACUAUAGUUAUUGUAAUAGAGUAUCUACCUGAAGCAUACACACUAAAGAUUGUGUCAUAUGUACAAUCAAUAAUGACAUAAUAGUUACAUAUACUUAAGGUGGAAUACCCGUAUUUCUAUUGAUCAUUUUGAGAAAUCUAUCUGAACUCCAUAUCUUUAAAAUAUCACAUGGGCGGCCAGUGGAAUAUACAUGACUGAAACAAUCUUUGUUUCAGUAUGUAUUAUUGAACAGACCUGAAAAAGCAGGACACAUUCAGCCCUGAUCUGCUUUUACAUAAACAACACUGGCAAAACCCGAUAUUGACAUCUUAUUUCUUGUUAUAGCCGUCCAUCUAUAAACUAAUGCAAACUGGAUCUCAGUGAUCUACAUCAGCUUUUUUACCCCUCUUACAAAGCUGUUAACGUAUCACGUACAUAUGCACAUUUUUUAAAAAGGCACUUAAUUGUGGUUUCUACAGGUGCUUUGAAAACAGUCCCUGUCAAUGGGAAUGACCGGGACUGGUACAAUAUUGGGUACAUGUCAGCAUUACAUUGUGAAAAGUGCACUAGUUUAGGAAAAACAAAUACAUAAGGGAUGUGGAUCACAGAAAGGGGAAACACUCAUCGGGUCCAUAAAUGUGCUUUAACCCUGUUAUGGAUACAUUGUGUUGGAUAUCACUGUUGAUUUAGUUCUCUGUCACUAUGUUCAGUGUUAAUCUUAUCUAAAUGUUAUUUUAAAGUUAUUAUUAUCAUUAUAUCAAUAUCACCGUUGCUUUUUUUUGCUGUCAUGUUAUACAAUGUCUAAGACAUGUGAUCAUUUCACUGCUUCUGAGAAGCAUGUUUGAAAUUGUGUGUGUGUGUGUGUGUGAGAGAGAGUGCAUGAGUGCAUGGAUGUGCCAGUUUAUCUGCGUUUUAGAUAGACGUACAGCCUGUGUUGUAAAUAUAUAUGACGCUUUCUGUGCCAGCAGAUCAAACAUCAUAGCUUGUCAGGGUCUUCCUAUCAUAUUGAUAUGCUGAAAUGUGAACUUUCUGUACACCAUCCUGCUAAAGCAAAGCAGACUAUAGCUUGCUCUGCCAACGGCGCUGCCUUGGCUUUUUUUGUUUAAUCUGUAGGCAGUAUUGCUAUGGUGUUGCUAUGAUACAAUAUCUCUACAGUGCCAGCAAAAUUCUGCGUGGAUGCUGUUGGCUGGGGAACAGUGUGGCAUGUGUGUAAAUAUGUGUGUAUGAGAGAGGCGAAAAGGCAGACAAGGUGUGAGUGAGUGACUCUGACGUGAGCCCUCGGCUGUGUGGGGUGAGGCUCCAAACCUAGCUGAGUACCUGAGACCUGGGUGAUUUCUUCUUGGCUAUUUCAGAAAACAGAACCAUUGUUUUGAAACAAGACAAUAAAAAUAUCUAAUAACUCAA